AUGGCUUCUACCACAGUUGUGAUCAUCGGUGGCUCCGUCGCGGGCUUGACUGCCGCCCAUCCGUUGCUUGCUGUGGCUGGCGUAAAAGUGGUGCUGAUCAACCCGUCCCCUACCUUCUUCUGGAACAUCGCCGCGCCGCGCAUCGUUACUAAACCAGCCGCCUUCGAGUCCCAGCAGUAUCUCCUCCCAAUCAAGGAUGCUUUCGCUCAGUACCCGGCUGAGUCGUUCGAGUUCAUUCUUGGCACUGCCACUGCUAUCAAUGCCGAGUCAAAGACGGUCUCGCUCACCCUGAGCGACAGCGACGAUACCAAAACGAUCCCAUUCGAUUACCUCCUCAUCGCAUCGGGCGCCAGCACCCCCGCGACUACCGGCCAGAUCACCGGUCUGGCGAUUCCAUUCAAGCCAACGAACUACAACAACUUGGAAGAGGCCAUUCAGACAGCUCAGGAUCACAUCGCAAAAGCCCAGAACAUCGUGAUCGGAGGCGCUGGACCUGUCGGCGUGGAGUUGGCCGGCGAGCUGGCUGAGGCAGCAGCAGCAGACGGCCGGAGUGUUUCGAUCACCCUUGUGACUGCAACCGACCGCGUCUUGCCGAUGCUCAAAGAGUCUGCUAGCCAGGCCGCCGAGAAACAGUUGCAGGCUAAGCGGGUCUCUAUCAUCACUGCUUCCCGCGUCACGGACGCCAAGGCCAAUGGCGAGGGCGAUUCGAAGCCGUGGGCCAUCAAACUGAGCUCUGGUCAUGAACUCACCGCAGAUAUGUAUAUCCCUACCACCGGUUGUGAGCCCAACAGCCAGUUCGUUCCUCCUGCUUUCCUGGAUGAGGAUGGAUGGGUUAAAGUUGACAAAGAGAUGCGGGUGCUGUCGCCGGAGAACUCGACCCCUCUGUCAAUCUAUGCGGCCGGGGAUAUCACCACCAACUCCAUGCGUCUCAGUUUUAAGGCUGUUGAGCAAGCACGUGCUGCCGCGGCCAACAUCAAGUCGGAUAUUGAAGGCAAGACCGACCGAAAGUCCUAUGACCAGGGGAGAGCAUGCUGA